AUGCGCAAGGGAGCAGGCAUCGCAGCGCUCUCCCGCCACACAAACACCCAGAACUCCUACUCUUCCCUCUCAUCCACCCUCACCUCCUCCCAGCUCGCCUCCCUCCUAUCCUCCCUCGAGUCAUUUCGCACCCAGCUCGUCGCCUUUGCGUCCCAACACCGCGAUGAUAUCCGCAAGGACCCCGCAUUCCGGCACCAGUUCCAGAAGAUGUGCGCGGCUAUCGGAGUGGACCCCCUAGCCGUUGGCCCUGCGAAUGGGGGAGGCGGGAGCGCAGCCGGCAAAGGGUGGUGGACUGAAGUGCUAGGCAUCGGAGAGUGGGAGUAUGAGCUUGCUGUGCAAGUGGUAGACGUCUGUGUGUCUACGAGGACCAUAAAUGGAGGGAUCAUUGAGAUGUCAGACCUCAUACGCCGAAUCGAGCACCUUCGCUCAGGUGGUCUCUCGUCCCUCCCCUUGUCCGCCAGCAGCUACAAAGACUCCCCCGAGAACACGGGGCGUAUCACUUCCCAAGAUAUACUGCGCACUCUCAAGCUACUUCAUCCCUUACAAGCAGGAUAUACCCUACACCACCCAACGCCGUCUGCCACCUAUGUCCGCACCAUCCCACGGUCGCUAGACACCGAUCAAUCAACCUUGUUGGCCAUCGCAGCGACGACAGGCGGCAAGCUGGGUUGGGGCUUGGUCAAGACUCAGACCAGGUGGUCGGAUGUGCGGCUAGACGUGGCGCUGGAUGAUUGUGUCUUGAGAGAAGGGCUCGGGUGGGCAGACGAACAGGACGAAGGCGAAAGGGUGAUAUGGAUCAUAGCUGCGACAUCAUUCACUUUUGCUGGGCAAUAA